AUGGAGCCCGCCGAGGAGGCCUGCGGGACCGCGCGGGGCCUUGAUGCUGGACGCGAGCCCCUAAAGGAUGAGGGACCACACCACGACUCACCUCCACUCGCCCAGGACGCCCUGGGCAAGGACUCCUCACUCCCAGCUGCCCGCUCUGGAGAGCAGCCACUGCCAGAGGCCUCUGGCAAACCAACAGGGGCUGACACCCACACAGCGCCCCAGCCCCUCAACUCCAGGGCUCUCCAUAGAGCUCCAACUCCAGCCACAUGUAGUGCCCAGCCCCAAAGGGAAGGCUCUUCCUUCCCAGAGAGAAAGGCCGUGAAGACGCCCAUUCCUUCAGGCCCCGCGGGUAAGCAGAGAAGGCCCAACCCUAGUCACCUGGCCAGCCUCCUCAGUUCGUUGGCCCAUAAUAGCCAAGACACAGACUCAAAAAAAGAGUUCCCGGAAGUGACCCGUCAAAUUCGGAAAAAGACUCGAACCCUGUACCGCUCAGACCAGCUGGAGGAACUAGAGCGGAUAUUCCAGGAAGACCAUUAUCCGGACAGUGACAAGCGCCGAGAGAUCGCACAGAUGGUGGGGGUCACCCCACAGCGCAUCAUGGUUUGGUUCCAGAACCGCCGGGCAAAGUGGAGAAAAGUGGAGAAAAUGAACCGGAAGGAAAGCAAGGAUGCUCCCGCAGUCGCUGGUGCUGCAAGUAGUCAGUGCAGCUCCACAUCUGAGCUUCCAUCUCCUCUGCCCAUUGAUUCAGAACUUGCCACCAUUCCUCCAGAGCCCCCUCUGGAUUCCCUUCCAGAGCCCCCGAUGAUACUGACUUCUGACGAGACUCUGGCCCCCACCCAACACAGCGAUGCUGGUCAGAGAAUAGUAAUGUCCCCGCCACUCUUCAGCCCUCCGCCCAUCCGGAGGACCAACCUUCCUCUUCCCCUGGGUCCUGCACACACUUCCCAAGGGAUGCCUUUGCCGAAGGGUGUUGCUGGCAAUGACAGUAAUCACAAGGAUGGUCCCCGUGGGUCCUGGAAAACCAGCAUCACUCCGCCACCCCCUUGCUCAUAUUCAGAAGACCUGGAACUUCAGGAUUACCAACCAAGCAGCCACAUGGGAUCGUUCCAGUUCUCUCAGGCCCCACAGACGCAACUUUUUCAGCCCCCUCAGCCCCAGUUUCCUUAUCUGCCCCCCUUCCCCUUCCCCAUGUCCAGCUCACUGACAUUCCCUCCACCCGAAGAUUCUCUCCUCUCAUUUCCUUUUGAUCCCAGUGGUGGCCCUUCACAAGGCUACUGCCCAGGCUCCUCAUCAGGCCAGAUGUUGCUGCAGCCACCCUCUGGUAGUAUGGGUCCAGUCUCCUGGAGUGACCCCUGUUUUCCAGAAAUCCCUUUCCCUGGUCCAUUCUGCCCACAGUCCCUGGGGUACCCCUUGGCGGGUGAUGGCUUCUUUCCUGACCUGCUUUCAGCCCCAUUUGCUCAGCCUAUGAGCAAACAGCCCACACCAGGCCUCAACUGGCUGCCUGAAGGAGCCAGAUCGGGAAUGGGCCCGGCCCUGAGCGAAGUGCAAGGAGAGAAGACCGCCUCUGCCCUCGAGCUGCCGGCUUCAGAGGACGCUGGAGGAAAAGCUGAGCACAGCCAAGCCCCCUCGUUGGGGGCCGGAGAGUGA